AUGAAUAUUAUUCUUUUACUAAUAGCUCUGACUAUCAAUAUCUGCUUUGCAGAAUCAAAGCUGUUAGGCACGACAUUGGGUCAAGUUAAUGCCGGUGUUGCAGAAUUUUGGGGUUGUGAAAUUGGUGUUAGAAGUUAUGUUGUAGACUUCAAGCCACCUCUUACCAGUGCCUACUCAAAGUACCAUGAUAAACCAUGUGGUUACCCCCCAUUGAUUGGAACAAUGAUGGUUUGCUUUACUAAUUUGACCGGCAAUACCAGUGAAAAAUACAUUGAGAAACUUUCAAUGUUGACUGCUGAAAAAUGCAAUGAAUUUAGUUCUUUCAACUACACCGCUGAGUUUUAUAAGCAACAGUAUUAUAAUGCAACUAAACAUCUUGUCGAUUAUAGAGAUGUGAAAAAUUUAUCACAGCCAAUCUAUUCUCCUCUUACAACUAAUGUUUCCAAGUACUAUGCUUCCUUUAAAUACUACAAAAGUUACUAUGCCAAUGUCGAUAAUAGUACAUAUUUUGCGGUAGGUAUCUGUGGUUACUUCCUGGCAUUGAUUAUCAUUGGGGCUAUCCAUAACUUUUGUAGGGAAACCUCAGUUGCAAAAUCGAUCAACGGCACCAGAAUUGUCAAAUUAUUUCAAAGGUAUAUUGUUUUCCCAACAUUGCUCCCAGGUGGAAAGUAUUAUGAAGCAUAUGGAUGGAAAUAUUUUACAAUCUUGUCGCCAAAUAGAGCCCAAUUUCUGGUUGACUUUGUACUCAUGCUACUUCAGAUUGGGUUUUACGGAGCAACCUAUUAUCAUGCAACACAUAAAAAUUACCUAAGAUUUUUGGCCGAUAAGACAGGUAUCAUGUCGUUUGGUAAGAUUCCAUUAUUGAUUCUAUUUGCAGGAAGAAAUAAUUUCCUGUUAUGGAUCACUGGUUGGUCAUAUAACACGUUUUUGCAUUUCCACAAAACGUUAUCGUACUGGAUGAUUCUUGAUGCUGUUAUCCACUCGAUUUCAUGGACUAUCUUAGAAUUGGGCUAUUAUGUUGAAAGUCUGAAAGAGCUUUACUUUGCAUGUGGUGUUGCCGCUACAGUGAUUGGUUGUGUUAUGAUUGGCCAAAGCUUACAUCCCUUGCGCUGCAUUUCUUAUGAAGUAUUUCUAAUAGGACAUAUCGUGUUGGCUAUCGGAUUCAUUGCAAUGUGUUGGAAUCACUGUAACAUUCUUGGAUGGAUGGAGUGGCUUGUUGCAGCCUGCUGUGUUUGGUUCUUUGACAGAUUGGUCCGAGUCAUUCGGAUGUGUUGUUUUGGAAUCAGGACAGCUAAGAUUAGCGUUGUGGGUAAAGACCUAAUAAAGGUUGAAGUGAACAAGCCAACAUGGGUGAGACACUCACCAGGCCACUAUUACUAUGUUUACUUUGCGGGAUGGAACAUGUGGCAGAACCAUCCGUUCACCACAGUGCAAGAGGGGGACAAGCUAUGCACAUAUAUUAGAGUUAAGAAAGGUCUGACUCAAAGGGUAUUUGAAACUGUCUCAGCAAAUGGAGGUAAGAUGGAAUGGAAAGUAUGCUACGAGGGACCAUACGGGGGUAACGGAUCAUACAUGAUGAAGAAAUAUGACGAUUCCCUGCUAAUUGCAGGAGGAUCGGGUGUUCCUGGUAUCCUGGAUGAAGCUUCCAGAACAUCAGAGGGCAAGAUGGUAUGGAUUGCACAAACCUUGGACUCAGUAAAGGCAUACGAAAUGAUGCUCAGAAACGUGAAGUUGGAUCUGGAGCUGUACAUAACCAGAGAGCAGGGAUCAGAGAAGACAAUGAGACUAAAAGAGCUAUGGGGCGAGGCAGAGUCGGAGGAUACAUCCAGUACUGACGAUAAGUCUAAUAGUGCUACUGAACUUGAAAUCAAGUCAUGUGGGCAGCAAGUGCAUGCUUAUUACGGCAAACCAAAUGUUGCCGAGAUUGUGGACAAAUACGUGAGAGAGUCACCAAGCAGUAACGUGGGAAUCAUUGCAUGUGGUCCGCCAAAAAUGAUGGAUGAACUAUCUCAUACCAUGUCUUUGAAUGUUACUAAAUGGGACAAGUCUGUUGAUUAUUAUUCUGAAUUUCAAAUUUGGUAA